UUAUUUAGUUGCCCUUUAAACUAUCUGUAAUGUGAGCAAUACCUGGCAGAGAAGUAUGGGACAUCACUCACCAGUUUGCUAAAUGACUAACGAUUGAAAGAUAUUUGGAAAUGAGACUACAGCCAUAGUAAAUCAGUUGGCUCUUGCCACUUACGCUGGACUUGCAUUCAGUAGUAUGACAGUUCAAAUCCAUGUCUGGUCAUCCAGAUUUAGAUUUUCCAUGAUUUCCAUAAACUACUUAAGGGAAAUGCCAGUUCGGGGGCAACUUCAUGAAGGAAAUGGCAUGCUUGACCAGAGGAACCUAUAGACAAGCAUAGAUAUUAUUCUUUGUUGGAGGAUGGGUGUUUUUUGUGAAGCAGCUUUUCCGUGACUAUGAAGUUCACCAUACCCUGGUGCAGCUUAUAUUCUCUGUUACCUUCUCCUUGUCAUGCACAAUGUUUGAGCUGAUAAUAUUUGAAAUUCUUGGUAUUCUGGACUCAAGCUCAAGAUACUUCCACUGGAAUGUUGGAUUGUAUCUGAUGUUGUUCAUGGUGAUAGUACUUAUACCAUUUUAUAUUGGCUACUUCAUUCUGAGUAAUAUUCGUUUUGUGAGACGACAACUUAUUCGACCCCUUACUGUGCUGAUCUGGUUGGUUUACAUCUACUUCUUCUGGAAGAUUGGAGAUCCAUUUCCAAUACUGAGUCCCAAACAAGGCAUACUGUCCAUUGAGCAGGGGAUCAGCAGAAUAGGAGUUAUUGGAGUCACUGUGAUGGCCCUGCUAUCAGGAUUUGGUGCUGUUAAUUACCCUUACACAUCAAUGGCUUGCUUCAUCAGGCCGGUUGAUCCAAAGAAUGUCCAGGCUGUGGAGAAACGACUGAUGCAAACAAUGGAUAUGAUACUAGUCAAGAAGAAGAGAAUAGCUCUUGUUAAGAGGGGUACACUAGCAAGUAGUGCAAGAAUGGGAUCAGGAAACACCAGCAUCUGGAGUAUGUUUAGGACUGUAACUAAGACCAUCAGCAGUAAUAGUACAGAAAAUGUGUCUCAGCUGAAACAAGAAAUAGCUGGACUGGAGGAAUUGAGCAGGCAGCUUUUUCUGGAAGCACAUGACCUGCAUAACAUGCGGGAACGAGCUGAGUGGUCCAAUACAUGGAAGGGGAAGUAUUUCAACUUCCUUGGAUACUUCUUCUCACUUUACUGUAUGUGGAAGAUAUUUAUAUCAACUAUCAACAUAGUUUUUGACAGAGUUGGAAAGAAAGAUCCAGUAACCAGAGGCAUUGAAAUUGCAGUACAUUGGGUCGGCAUUAAUAUUGAUGUGACUUUCUGGUCACAACAUAUUUCAUUCUUUCUUGUUGGCUGCAUUGUGGUCACUUCUAUUAGAGGUCUUCUUCUGACACUUACAAAGUUCUUUUAUGCUAUAUCCAGCAGCAAGUCCUCGAACAUAAUUGUUCUCAUUCUAGCUCAGAUAAUGGGCAUGUACUUUGUGUCAUCUGUGUUGCUGAUGCGGAUGAACAUGCCACCAGAGUACCGAAUCAUCAUUACACAAGUCCUGGGUGAACUACAGUUUAAUUUCUACCACCGUUGGUUUGAUGUCAUUUUUCUUGUUAGUGCUCUCUCAUCAAUUGGCUUCUUGUACCUUGCUCAUAAGCAAGCUGUGGGUGAUGGUGGCUAAAAGCUGCCAGCAUAUGGCAGCAAUCGGAGCAUAAUGUGUCAGUCAAGAUAUUAAUAUCUCUAAGGCUGCUGUUUUAUGGAGGUAUUGUCAUAUUUUGACAUUUAUGUUUGUUCAGGAAUAAUGUAACAUCAAUCACAAACAAAUAAUGAUGAUUCAUUUUUUAGAAGUCACUCUGAGAGAGAGACAAUUAAUAAAAAUCUGUUUUAAUCUUUCAGUCAGCAAAAUACUUCCAAACAAUGAAAUUUGCUUUAUUAAAUUUUAUAAUGUUAUUAUGGUUUUGUUCUUAAUACCAUCUAUUGCAUCCAGAUGUUGCAAUACAUGGAACUGACUGAAUAUUGUGAAAUUCAUGCAACAGACUGGUAAUUAAUAAAUGAUACUGCUAACUAUUUGCAAUUCCAAUAGCAUAGUGAUGAAGAAAACUAUAUCCAAAAAUAUAUCAAAUGAGGAUGUCAAACUGUGUGAUAUCAUUCUAAAAGUUGUUAUUGGUAAUUUCAGUAGUGAAGUGUUUUGUACAUACUAAGUUUCAGGUGACUGAUGAGUCACAUAUCAUGCAUCAUCUUCCAAAACCUUCAUUCAUUUGUUUGUGUGUGUGUGUGUGUGUGUGUGUGUGUGAGAGAGAGAGAGAGAGAGAGAGAGAGAGAGAGAGAGAGAGAGAGAGAGAGAACAAUCUAACAAUUUCAUAGAUGUGGGAAGGAAUUAUUUACUAAAAUGUAUUAGAAAUUGGGUUCCUCUGCUGCUCUUGUUAAAUUACACCUGUAAUUUUAUGCUUCUAACAACAAUACAGUGCUUCACUAGGAUAGGAAAUUCUUUAUUAAUUGUGUAUUGCUUUCUGAAGAUUUGAAUGAAGUAUAGUGGAAUGAAUGUCUACAUAGAGAGGCACUGCACCUUGAUUCGGCACUAUGUAGUCACCGAGAAGUGCGUGUGUAGCCUAUAGUUCCGAAGAAGCAAUAUUCUCAGUCUUGUUCAUGUGCUUGUUGAUGGCUCAAUGUCUCAGCUAUUCAGCUUUACUACUCCCAUUAUUUCUCUUCCACCAAGGACUUUCCAUUACCAUUUUAAGAUGUGAGUUAACUCUAUAUGACAAUAACACAUUUAAACAGAGCAUAAAAUAUGAGUGGCCAAUACUAUACUAAUUUCUGUUUUUAAUCAUGUAGAACCAUGUUUUGUAUACUGAAUGUGAAUAUAAAAAUUAACUGAGAAUGAUUGUGAAGAAAGUGAAGUGUAUGGGUCAGUCAACACCGUCAUCAAGUGUAAUUAAUGAGAUGUGUGAGAGUUAAGACAUGAAAACAAACAAACUACUACAAAGAUGAUACAGACCAUAACUGAAGAUACCUUUUUCUGUACUUCAAGUUUAGUGGUCAUGUUUAAAGGAAUGGGUAAUCUGGUAGGUUAGCUAUUCAUUCAUCAUCAGGAUCUGAUUUGUUUGUCCCUGCUAGAAGUUUUUGAUAUAUUUGCAUACAGUUGUCUUCAGAAAUGUUCAUGCACAACCUUUGUUUCUUGUACUUCAAGAUUUCCUUUCUUUUUGGGCCCACGUCAUUAUAAUAAUCUUUGUGGCAUAAUUUUAAAUAAUUAUGGAGACCAAAUGUUAAUGCACUUGUGGCUUAGGACUGCUACAUAUGGCUUGUUUUCUGUCCAAUGCUCUAUAAGAAACUGUCACACUUCCAAUAUUCAUUUUGACAUCUCUAAAACGUAUUUCCAUAAACAAAUUUUGCAAGAAUAAUACAUGAAACUAUAUAAACUUAAACAUACCUACUUCUCUGUAUGGUUCAUGAUGUAUACUAGAACACUCAUUGUCAGUGUCCUUUGCUUACCUUUCAUCAAUAGACCACCUCUUCUGAUUCAUCACCACCUCCUGUGACAGCAUUAUAAAUAAUAAGAAUGAACACACUUGGCAAAAUCUCUGAUUUACUCAUCAGUUAACUAGUCAGCUGAUUGUCUUCUAAGUUUCCUGCUACCUGUUUCCUCGUGAUGACUGGGUGUUGUGUGAUGUCCUUAGGUUAGUUAGGUUUAAGUAAGUCUAAGUUCUAGGGGACUGAUGACCAUAGAUGUUAAGUCCCAUAGUGCUCAGAGCCAUUUGAACCAUUUUUGCUGUUUCCAUUUGAUUGUUGGCAGCUGUGGUGGUUCCAGAGAUAACCAGAGAGAAUGCAAUAUUUAGCUGCCACUUUCACACAUCUUAAUUAGACACAUCCCAGAAAUUCAAAAUGUCAAAGCAGUUCCAUAGUCAGGAAAAGAGUGUAGGGGUGCAGAUGCAGGAAUCCUGCAGUGAAAUUCUAGGAAAAGUCCUAAUGAAGAUAGUUUGCCAUUGCUUUCAUCCGACUUGUUAUUAAGGAUCAUGCAUGUAACACGGACAACUGCGAGGAGGGCUUGUACGAUGUCUUGUUGUGUUUUUGUUGUGAUGGAUGAAGUGAAGGGAGAGGAGGAAACCCAUUGCUUGCAUAUAGUCUAUUCCUCUUGAAUAGCACCAAGGGAGCCGACUUGCUUAACAUCCCCCUUUAACAGACGACCACCAUCAACAGUUAUCAUAUGCCUUCACUUCAUGAGACACUGCAGAGAGGUUUGGAAUUUAAUCAAGGACAUUGACACAGGGACUGGUGGUCAGUGACUUUCCACCACCACCUCUCCUCCCCUUGCUGGCCAAAUAUCGGCAUUGCAAAUUUUCUACCAUCAGGAUUCAAAUUGGUUCACCCCUGAGUUAAAUGCCACUGCACAAGCAUACAUAAGUGAUCUCAGCUAUGCAGGUGGGUUUUCGCAGAAAUUACUUAAAUGAAAACUGCAGUGGUUUCUAGGAACUGAGGGACUGAUAACAGAAACACAAAAUGAACAUUAUGUAUAUCUGUUGGCACUGCUUACAUUGUUAAUGGUUCAGCAGUUCUGUUCCACAUAGAGAAACUCUGUAUGUUCAAUUACUGUACUUUGAAUUUAGUGUGAUGGUGGAAAACUGAUUGAAAGCAAGCAAGCAAGGGUUUAAAAGGAGACACCCACCCACAAUAAAGAAGAAUUACUAAACAGUAGAUAGGCAUACAAAGAAGAUGUCAGUGACUUGCUUUCUUCAUUGCAGCAUAGUGGGUUUUCUCAUGCCAUAUUUGGAAUGAGAGUAAAUAGAGCAAUUUGAGUGUGUGUUAUCUAUUUAAACAGCUUGAUGUUAUCCUUUUUGUAUCACUCCAUGUCUGCUAGUUCCUCUUUCUUAUCAUAUGCUCUGUUAUCCAGUGCUAUUAACAUUUUCCUCUUAAUUUGCUGAAUAUAUGUUCCCUCUGUUGAUGUAUAUACUUUCUUCACUGAAAGUAUCCAGUCUUUGACAGGUAGAGAUCAUGAGUCAUGGUAGACUGUGAAUACAUUUACCCAGUGCUUGAUUUGUAAAAAAAGAGGUUCUGGUACUGUUACUUCCUGGGGAGGAGGUGGGUGAGAGGGUGGAUUGUUUUUGAAAUUUAGACUUCUUAAAGUGUUAUUUUAAUGCUUUCUGCACAUUUUAAAUGUCAAAUACAACAUUUGUACUGGUAAAAAAUAAGUUAUAUCGUACAAUACCUCAAAAUCUGUGGUUCUUAAUUUUUUUUUUUUUUUUUUUUUUUUUUUUUUUUUUUUUUUUUUUUUUUCCCCCCCGGUAUGGAGUACUGGUGUGUACUGUCAAAAUCAAGCACUGCAUUUAUCUGUUUGUGCCAUGUGUAGAUUUCUUAUGGACCUAUGUUGUGUGCUGCAAAGACUACUGGUGCUAUAAGCUAUGGUGAAAGACAUUUUUAGUGGAAUUUCUUGUACCAUUGCUACUGUGAAAUCCUUUGCAGAAGAAGAGCACCAGAAUAUUAAAAAAAUGUAAUUAGCAUUUAUUUUGUUUCCUCUCACUUUUGUAAUGAAGGUUGUGUUACAUGUUCAUUCAUAUCACAUGCUUCACAAAUACCUCUAAAUAAACUGUGUUCACUGUGGCCUAUUAUGUAGAUAUUCAGUUGUGUUCAGUGCAUUUCAAAUUGUUAUUAUGUUAUAAAAUUGUAAACAUUCCUCCAUUUCCAAGUACAUAGUUCUAGCAUGUGUAAUUUGUGAAUCAAGUGGGCUGUGCUUAUUUCCUUAAAAGGCUUUACCGCAUUGUGUUCAAAAUGAAACUCGGCAACAGAGAGAGAGAAUUUUUUUAGCAAUAUUUCUUGUACUGUUUCUGUAUUGAAACUGCAAUUUAUGCAUCGUUAUUGUAUCAUUUUCAUUCAGCUUACAUAAAGGAAAGUUUUAUAGA